UAUCCGUUUCCGUGGUAACGGUACAAAUGUCAAAAUAAACUAUACUGUGUUGACAUUUAUUAAAAUAUUUUAAUUUUUAAUAACAAAUGUAAAUAAAUAAUAGUUUUUCAGUUAAUAAACAGUAAAUAAAAUGAAAACCCAUCUAACUUGGGUUGAUAAAGUUCAAGAUAAGACAGAACAAUGUAUAUACGACUUAUGUUUUAAUCCUGAUGGAUCUCAAUUAGUUGUGGCUGCAGGACAGCAAGUUUUGGUUUAUGAAACCAGUAAAGGAGCUUUAAUUCAACCUCUUAAAGGUCACAAAGAUACAGUUUAUUGUGUUUGUUAUUCAAAAGAUGGAAAAAAAUUUGCCUCUGGCAGUGCAGAUAAAACAGUUAUAAUAUGGACUUCUAAACUUGAAGGAGUUCUCAAAUAUUCGCACAAUGAAGCUGUUCAGUCGAUGCAAUUUAAUCCCGUUUCUCAUCAGUUAUUAACUUGUUCAUUAUCCGAUAUUGCUUUAUGGUCUGUUGAACAAAAAGCAGUUCAAAAAUAUAAAUCAGGUGGAAGAGUAAAUUGUUGCUCAUGGACAAAAGAUGGUCAAUAUAUGGCACUUGGCUUGGCCAAUGGUUUAGUUUCCAUAAGAAAUAAGCUUGGCGAAGAAAAGGCAAAAAUUGAUCGAACUGGAGGAACUGCAAUUUGGAGUGUUUCCUGGUGUCCAUUAAGGGAUGAUUUAAUGGAUGUUUUGUGUAUAGCAGAAUGGGGUGGUACACUUUCAUUUUAUGCUGUUAAUGGAAAAGCAGUGAGACGUGAGAGAACAUUGAAUUUUAUUCCCUUGAAAAUUUGCCAUUUUCCCGAAGGACAAUAUAUUCUUGUUUCGGGUAGCAAUAAACGUUGUAUAUUAAUGACACACGAUGGUAUAAAAUUAACAACAGUUGGCAAUGAAUUUUCCUCCUGGGUUUGGAGUUGUGCCGUUCAUCCAAAAUCAUCUCACAUUGUCAUAGGAUGUCAAGAUGGUACUAUCACAUAUUUGGAACUAUCAUCAAGUACAGUUCACGGUCUUUAUGGCGAAAGAUAUGCGUAUCGUGAAAAUAUGACGGACGUUAUUAUUCAACAUCUUGUCACUAAUCAAAAAGUUCGAAUUAAAUGUAAAGAUCUCGUUUGUAAAAUUGCUGUCUAUAAAGAUAAAUUGGCUGUACAACUUCCGGAACGUGUGAUAAUUUACGAACCAUCGGGUAAUAAUGAAGGAAUGCAUUAUCGUAUCACGGAUAAAUUGGCACAGGCAUUAAAUUGUCAUAUGUUGGUGGUGACGACAAAUCGUUUAAUACUUUGUCUCGAUAAACGUUUACAGAGUUUAACAUUUACUGGUACAAUUGAUCGUGAAUGGAUUUUGGAUGGUGCUAUAACGUAUUUGAAAAUUAUUGGCGGUCCAGUGGGACAGGAAUGUUUAGUUGCUGGUUUAAAAACGGGACAAGUUGUUAAAAUUUAUCUCGAUAAUCCAUUUCCAAUGCAUUUGGCAAAAGUUGAAACUGCUGUUAGAUGUUUGGAUAUUAGUUUAUUGAAGGAAAAAUUGGCAGUUGUUAGCGAUACGGAUAUUUUAUCGGUAUUCGAUAUAAGAACUGAGCAAAAAUUACAAGAAUUUCAUGAUGUACGAAGUGUUGCCUAUAAUACUGCAUUUGAGGAAAUUAUGUGUUUUUCAGGUGUUAAUUAUUUGGCAAUAAAAGUGGCAAAUUUUAAUGAAUAUCGGCAAAAAUUUUCUGGAUUUGUCGUUGGACAUAAUGGAUCACGACUUUAUUGUUUAAAUGGUCCUUCGAUUGUAACAGUUGAGAUACCUUUGUCAUCAGCAAUGUAUCAAUAUUUGGAGAUUGAUAUGUUUAAGGAAGCUUAUGCAAUCGCGUGUUUGGGUGUUGCGGAAAAUGAUUGGUUCGCUUUGGGUGUGGCUGCUUUGGAUAAUUUGGAAUUUAAUAUCGCCUAUUCGGCGUUUGCGAGAAUAAAAAAAUUACGCUAUAUUGAAAUUGUAUCCGAAGUGGAGGAGAAAUUAAAAUCAGGUGAAUGGGGACGUGAAGCAUGCAUGGCAACGGCAGCGGCUGCAAUGGGUAGACUUCGUGAAGCUGCGAGACUCUAUCAAAAAGCUGGAUUACAACAAUAUGCAGUCGAUAUGUAUUCUGAUCUUCGUAUGUUUGACAUUGCUCAGGAAUUUAUUUCCUCUGGUAAUAUUCAGGAUCGUACAGUACUUCUUCGGAGACGUGCCGAAUGGGCAAAGAGUUUGGGUGAACCGCGAGCGGCAGCUGAAAUGUUUUUAUCGGCAGGCGAUAUUCAACGUGCUAUAAAAAUAAUUGCCGAACAUGGUUGGAUUGAUAUGUUAAUAAAAGUUGGUAGACAAUUGGAUAAGGCGGAACGUGAAAGUUUAACAGUGAUUGGAAAAAAAUUAAGACAAUUGGGAGCAACUCAUGGUGCAGCGGAAAUUUUCACACGACUAGGCGAUCAUCCGGAUGUGGCGGAAGUUUUAAUUGAAGCACAAGCAUGGCCCGAGGCUUUUGAACUUGCUGAAAGAAAUCCAAAAUUAAAAUCACGUAUCUAUGGACCCUAUGCUAGAUGGUUGGCAGAAACUGGCAGAUUUUCCGAGGCACAAGAAGCUUUUCAAAUGGCUGGUCAACCUGAAGAAUCAAUAGGCGUGUUAAUGACUCUGGCAAAAAAUGCCGUGACUGAAAGAAGAUUUCGUGAUGCUUCUUAUUUUUAUUGGCUCCUCUCGCAAUUGAGUCUUGAUCUCUCGAGAAAUAUUGAGGAGAUUAAAGUUUUAUUUAGAUCUUAUUCGGAAAAGGCGGAUAUUUAUUAUGUAUAUCAUGAAGUUCACAAAUAUUUGGAAGAGCCAUUCACGUCAUUAAUGCCAGAGGCGCUUUUUAAUAUUUCUCGAUUUUUGCUUAUAAAAACGCAAGAUAAACAAUUUGACGGUGUAUCACAAUUGACAAUUACCUAUGCAUUAAUGAAACAAGCUCGUCUAUUGGGUGCCAAUAAAUUGGGUAUACAAUUACUUGAACGUUUACGUGGAAUGAAGAUACCGAAAAAUUUAUUAGCACAAAUUGAAACAUGGGCAAUAACAGCGAAAGCAUAUCCAUAUCGUGAUCCAGAGGAAUUAUUACCAUUGUGCUAUAGAUGUUCAACGUUUAAUACACUUUUACCAACGACAAAUACUCCGGAAAAUAGUUGCGUUCAAUGUGGCUUAAAAUUUCAACACUCCUUUGUUAUGUUUGAAAUUUUGCCUCUUGUGGAAUUUGAACUCGAAGAAGGAAUCAGUGAUGAAGAAGCGGAAAAAUUAAUUGAAGAACCAAUUCAAAAUUCGGAGGAAUUAAAUUUAGUUGAAGAUCAAUUGACAAUUACGACUAAAACUGAUCUUUUUACUGAUCGUUUAGUUCGUUAUGAAAAUAAACUCGGAGGUUCAACUGUUCUCGUAAAUCGCGGAAUUCUAAAAAGUAUGGAACCCUCAAGUGUUUUAAUUGUCAAAUGGCCAAAACCAUUUAAAACAAGAUAUUUCAAAAAUCUAUUGACAGACCUUCAAGUUACGUCUUGUAAAACGUGUCUCAAGCUAUUUCACUCGGACGAUUAUGAAUUAGCAUUACUUAGAUAUGGACACUGUCCAUUUUGUCGAGCACCUAAUUCAACGAAUAACGUCUAAUAUUUAGUACUUCCAAAUUAUUGUAAAUAUAUAUUUUCAUUUCAUUCUAGAAACACUGUUUUUGCACCCGUAUUUUUUUAUAUUAUUACAAAUAAAAAAUCGUUAUUAAAAACUU